ACGAGGAGGGUUACGCGGACGCUCUGCGACUCGCCUCCGGUCGGACUAGCGCGAUCUCUGUUGUUCCUGGAUGCCCUUUUAACCGGUGUUUUAUGAUUUUAUGGCUAGUGGAUGCGAAAGGGUGGAUUUACGAGGAAGAUAAACACACCUCUUGGCUGACAAAAAACUCUACUUGAGUAUAUUAUCCCAACGUAGUUAUAAGUAUAAUAACAUCAUGCAUAUCCAGUGUUUGAGGGAUUUUUGGCAUUGAUUUGUAAGUGAUAUAAGAACUUUUAUAAGUGCAUAACGCUGCUCACUUGCCACUGAAGGUUAAUAAACGUCUUUAAUGUGUGCCUCCAUGGUCUCGUCUACAGAUAUUUUUCAUACCAUAUCAUACAGAAGUGAUUAAACAAAGCUCCCAUGUUCGUCAUCAGGGCAUAGGCCAACAAUGAAUGCUUUUGGAACGUUUCGGUUGCAGCUCCUUCUGUUGCUCCGGUUGGCAGUGUGUUUCGAGGAGGAGGAGCCCAAGGACUACGUGGGAGGCAGCGGCGGAGGCCCGGGAGGAGGGCAGGACCAACCCCGCUUCUUGCACGAUGAACUAACAGUCAACGUCUCCGUGCAACUGGGAUCAACAGCACACUUGCACUGCCGUAUUACAGGCCUUAGGGACCAGUCGGUGUCGUGGUACAGGAGAAAAGGAGACGACAUCCAGCUCAUCACUGUCGGCUUCCACACUUACCACAACGAUGAUAGGUUCUCCUUGACCUACGAGCAUCCCAACGACUGGAGACUUAGAAUUCGUUACGUACAGAACCGCGACGAGGGUGCCUACGAGUGCCAAGUCUCCACACACCCACCCUUGAUCCGCACAAUACAUCUCCACGUCGUAGUUCCAGCUAUCCAAAUCCUGGAUGACCGCGGAGUUGUGUUACGAGAGAAGUUUUACCGCACGGGCUCCACCAUCCAGCUGCAGUGUAAGGUCGCCGACGUCCCCACAGCCACGUCCCUACAGCUGGCUUGGUACCAUGGGAACCAACGCCUUAACUACGAUGCGAGGCGCGGAGGUGUCAGCGUCAAGACGGAGUUGCGAGGGUCUGUUGCACGCUCCUGGCUUCUCGUCAACAAUGCGAGGAAGGAAGACUCCGGCAUCUAUUACUGUAAUAUCACUGAGCUCACUUCUACCGGGGUCAACAUCCAUGUAGUCCCAGACAAGUACCCGGCCGCCAUCCAGCGAGGGUCCCGACUUGCUUCCUGGAGACUAAUGACAGUGGCGACGACCGUGUGCUCCGUCCUACUGAUCCCUCUCGUCUGUUGGCCCUGCAGAUAAGACAGAACCUCUUGCCAGUUUGAACUCGGCUGGUGAACCUUCCUGCAGCGAAGGGGGAAAUAAGGGGGGUAGCCUGGUUAACUUUUGAGAAAUGUGGUGAUGAUACUGUGUGUCUGUGGUUUGUACAAAAGCAACAGUUUUAUCAGUAAAAUGGGGGUACUGUUGUGUGUACAGUGAUCAUUCCUUCAUCGAUAUCAAGGUAAUAUAUAAUUAUUUAGGACAUCUUUUUUCAAAGAUGGUGAGAGUGUAGAUUUUCUUUAGCAACUAGAUGGGUU